AUGGAAUUAAAUAGCAUUUUAUUUCCAGCUCCUCCACCUUCUUAUAUAGUAACAGAUUAUCCAAACGAGCUUAUUUGAAUUCCCCAAGAAAAAAACCCUAAAACUUCUAUUCCUUGCCUUUUAUUACAAUCUAAAAAAGGGUCUAGCAAACUUAUGCUAUAUUUCCAUGGAAAUGCUGAAGAUAUAGGACUUACGUAUAAUUUAAUUGAUUUUCUAAGAAAUAUGCUUGGUAUUCACAUUUUAGCAGCAGAGUACCCUGGAUAUGGUCUGUAUCCUGGCAAAGCAAAUGCAUUGCAAAUAAUAGAAGACGCUGAAACUGUAUUUAAAUUUGUUGAAAAUACACUGAAAAUAGACACAAAAAAUAUUUUAAUUUUCGGAAGGUCAAUUGGUUCUGGCCCUGCAACUUGGCUAGCAAGGAACCAAAAUCCAGGAUGCUUGAUUUUAAUGUCAGCUUAUACAUCAAUUAGAGCAGUCGUAAAAAAUGUCGCUGGGAGGUUAGCACAAUACUUAGUCGCUGAGAGAUUUAAAAAUAUUGACUGUAUGCCAGAGAUACUAUGCCCUACUUUCUUUUUGCAUGGUUUAAAAGAUAAAUUAAUACCUUAUUCUCAUUCCCAAAAAAUGCAUGAACUAUGCAAUGGACUUACAUACUUGCAUCUGCCCUCGGAAAUGGAUCAUAAUAAUUUUGAUAUUUUUGAAGACUUAUUGAUUCCAUUAGGAAGUUUUUUAAUAAAUGCACAAAUUGAUGUAAAUCCGGGGAAUGCUGGGAAAAAUUUUAUUAGUGUUCCUGAAGAAUAUUUUCAUAUUCCGACUACUCAGCCGAGUAAAAAGAAUAAAGGAAGACUGAACAAAUUUAUGAGAAAGUUUGCAUAA